AGCUGAGUUUAGAACGUUGACUCCAGUUGAUUCGUUGACAUUGGUUGACAUCACGUUUCGGCGGAGUGCUUAUUGUUAGACGUGUCAUGUCAUGUCAUGUCAUGUCACGAUGCGCGGCGAUUGAGGCAAUCCUUCGAACGAAACGUUCGGUUAUCGCCUGAAUUGUGUAGUUGUAUUAAAUUGUGUUACGAUUGCACGAAAGGUUUUGAGAAUGGCCGAGAUAGAUAUUUUUGACAAUGAGGAGCAAUUGCCGCAGGACCUCGGCGACGAUGUCGUGCAGGAGGUUCUCAAGACUGGCACCGACCUGCGCCAGUACUCCAGGCAGAUCGAGAAGGAGCUCAAGGAGGUCGAAAACAAAUCGAUCCAAGAUUACAUCAAGGAGAGCGAAAAUAUAGCCAGUCUGCACAAUCAGAUUGCCGCUUGCGACAAUAUUCUGGAGAAAAUGGAGUCAAUGCUGAUGAACUUUCAGUCAGCGCUGGGAAAUAUCAGUUCUGAGAUACUUAGCUUGCAACGUAAGUCUGUUGCUAUGAGCCAACAGCUGUCCAAUAGACAAAUAAUUCGAGGUCCACUUAGUCAAUUUAUCGAAGACAUGACUGUGUCUGAGGCUCUAAUUGCUGGUAUUAUGGACUGUCCAGUGACUGAGAAGGAAUUCCUGAUUCAUUUGCAAACUCUCAAUCAUAAAAUCAACUUUGUAAAGGAACAAAGUUUCAAGGAGGCAAAAUCUUGUUUAGAUGUGAAGGAUAUACUUGAGAAGCUAAAGGUGAAGGCAAUGGCAAAAAUCAGGACAUAUUUACUGGAGCAAAUUUAUAAAUUUAGGAAGCCAAUGACGAAUUAUCAAGUGCCACAAAAUAAUAUGCUAAAAUACAAAUUCUUCUUUGAGUUUAUAUUAGCGAAUGAGAGAAAUGUAGCUGAGGAAAUUUGUGGAGAGUACAUUGACACUAUGAGUAAAAUAUAUUACUCAUAUUUCAAGUCCUAUUCAUCAAGAUUGAUGAAAUUACAGUUUGAAGAGAGAACGUCAAAGGACGAUUUAAUGGGAGUUGAAGACACAGCGAACAGAAGUAUAUUUCAUAAAACGACGUUAAAACACAAAGGUACUGUCUUUUCUAUAGACACAAGGGGUCAGGUUUUGUCUUCUCAUUUGGAGGCGCCUAUAAUUAUUCCACAUGCUGCCUCUAAAACACGGUAUCAUUAUGAAGCCCUAUUCAGAAGUGAACAAUAUGCUGUGGCUGAUAAUGCCUGCAGAGAAUAUCUGUUCUUGAUAGAAUUUUUCAAGGUCCGUAAUGCACAGGCGUUAGAUAUUUUCAAUCAGGUUAUGGGAAAAACUUUGAGCCUUAUGACAAAGAAUUUGCAAUCAUUCGUUGAAGAUUGUUAUGAUACAAUUGGUCUAUUUCUCUGCCUACAUUUGGUGAUGCGUUAUCAGUUGAUAUGUCACAAAAGAGCUGUACCAGCAUUGGAUAAAUACUGGGAGGCCUUGACAGCUACAAUUUGGCCUAGAUUUGAAUUUGUGUUUCAAUUAAACAUAAACAGUGUAAAGGAUUGUGAUCCAUCGAAAUUCAACAAAGAGACUGGUCCACAUUAUAUUACCAGAAGAUACGCGGAAUUUAGCGCAGCAAUUGUAGGUGUAGUUGAAGGAUUUCCUUGUGAAGGGACAACUCAAUUAUUGGCAGAAUUGAGAGAAACUGUACAAUGCUUCCUGUUAAGAAUGGCAUCUAUUUUUCCAAGCCGGACGCAGCAAUUAGUAUUUCUUAUCAAUAAUUAUGAUCUGGUACUCAGGGUAUUAAUGGAAAGAACGCGAGAAACUUCGAAGGAAGCGGAGAGUUUUCGGGAACUGUUAAAUGCGCGUUCCUCCGAAUUUGUCGAAGAAAUCUUAAGCCCGCAUUUUGGUAGUAUAAUUCAAUUGAUAAAGGAGUCGGAGGCCUUGAUUGAGAAGGGCCAGGCCGAUGAUUUGAAACGACAGGAGGGCAAAGCAUUGGUCUUAGUGCAAUCUUUCACGAACAAUUGGAAGCGGGCGUUAGAGGAAAUAAAUCGGGAGGUGUUGAAAUCAUUUCCCAGCCUGGUGCUCGGCAGCACGCUAGUGCAAUGCGCGAUGACGCAGUUGGUGCAAUAUUAUCAUCGUCUUCACAAGAUCUUGCCGCAGAACGCGCGCACGCAACUUACGAACAUCCAUCACAUAAUGGUAGAAAUUAAGAAGUACAAGACGAAUUAUUAGAUAAAUUUCCGGAAAAGUUAAUUACCUGAAUUUAAAUAGCGGUUAAGGAUUGGUAAUUUAAUAUAAAAAAAUUACUAAUUUUUGUCACGUUCGGGCCUGACUCUAAUUCACGAACGUGACAAGUCUACUUUUUUGUUACCGAUCUAGAGACAACUCUCUGUGCAAGAAAACGACCGAGUUUAACCACUCUUGUUUGAAGAAAAUUUGAGUGAUUCGUGCUUUUAAUCUACUUGUCGUUAGAGAUACGCGAAUCAAGAUUUUCUGACGCCAAAUUAAAUUGAAUUGAUUCGAAUGAAUGUGUGCUCUUUCAAAUUAUCGAGGGCGAAUUUGAAGCGAACGGCUGCCAACAUCGACGCAGUCCCAGCACGAAUUACGUAAAUUGUCAACAAGAGAAUUUUUAAAUCGACGAAAGUCACGGUUGUUUAUUAGUUUAUUUUGUACUGUAAAUGAUAAGGCCUUUUCAAAUCUGCCCAAUCAGCAAUGUUUUUUAAAUAUUUAAAAAAUGUUAUAAUGAAAAAUAAAUAUUUAAAAAACAUUAUUUGCCGAUUAGCUGAUAUUAGAAUACAAUAAUACAUAAGCAGAGCCAAGACCAAACUGGUAUCGUUACUUAUGUUUACUAAAUCUAUCUAACAUUGUACAUAGAAAUCAAGCAACAAUUUCAUAUUCUAGUGAUUAUGAUUAUUUAUUAAAUAAAGAUGUAAAAAUUUGAUUUAUUAUUAAGUAAGAAUGUCGUAUAGGACUAUCGGGGAAUAUUUUUGUAAAUAUAAUCGCGAAGAUAUACAUUCUGUACAUUUAUUUAUAAAAAGAUGUGAACUAUGAACUAAAUAUGGUAUAACGUUACCAUUCUAUACAAUAGCGAUUAAUAUUCCGUACUCUCUUGUGCGCGUGACACGAGUACACGAAUCUCCGAUGUUGCUUACCUUAUAUAAAUUAAUAUUACACAUGUAAGUUAAAAAUGGUCUCGUUACUUUUUCCUCCGAUUUCGCGACACCUAUGGCAUAACAUGUCAAUUUAUCGGUGACCGAACCCAAUCGCGAUGUGGCGGACGUUUAUAUACUAGUCUAAUAGAAUUCGAUUUAAUUACCACACAUUCCACCGCAUUUACGCAAGCAAUUUACAUUCGCUUAUCGAAUGUAAAUAUCCUUCAACUUUUUGAAAAAUUAUAGAUACAACUGUGUUUAAUGUUACGAAUUGUUCGGAAUUAUAUGAUAAUCACCUGUGUGAAUGCUUGUA